AUAUAAGACAAUAUGGAUAAUGAUUAAUGCAUGUAAAAUAAAACAUAGUAAGAACGAAAUGGUGAUGAAAUCAGAUCAAAAGGAUUGGACUUGGAGGGCAGGCGGGUGUGCAGUGUCUUGGUUUAUAUAAGAAGAGCAAGAAAAAUAGCAAUUAGAGAAGGAUGGAUAUUGCAACAGAGGCACCCAAAGCACCAUUGACAAGUGAAAGGAAGGUUAGAGCAGACCUUGAAGAAUAUAUACCCAAACCCUAUUUGGCAAGGGCAUUGGCUGCUCCAGAUGUGGAACAUCCACAUGGAACACCAGGGCAUGACAACCAUGGAAUGAGUGUUCUUCAGCAACAUGUUUCCUUUUUUGAUCAAGAUAAAGAUGGGAUUGUUUAUCCUUGGGAAACCUACACAGCUAUGAGAAAUCUUGGUUUCAAUCCAUUUUCAAGCUUUUUCAUUGCAAUCUGCAUCACCGUGGGAAUGAGUUAUCAAACUCUCCCGGGAUGGCUACCAAAUCUAUAUUUUCCCAUAUACAUAGACAGAAUACACAAAUGCAAGCAUGGUAGUGAUUCUUCAACAUUUGACACUGAAGGAAGGUUUAUGCCAAUGAACUUUGAGAGUAUAUUCAGUAAAUAUGCUCGAACUGUGCCCGAUAAGUUAUCAUUCGGAGAAGUAUGGCACAUGACUGAGGCUAAUCGAAAAUCAUAUGAUUUCAUUGGCUGGCUAAUGACAAAGGCAGAAUGGAUGCUUUUGUAUCUGCUUGCAAUGGAUGAAAAUGGUUAUCUAUCAAAAGAAGCUGUCAGGGGAUGUUUUGAUGGGAGUUUGUUCGAGUAUGUUGCCAAAAUGAACAAGGCUGGCAAGAAUAAGGUUUACUGAGUGCAGGUUGCUAGUUUAAAAUAUAUGCAUUGUUUUUGUUAUCUUACAUUUUUCUGUCCAAAGUAAUGUUACAACAAUUGUUUGGACAGAACAAUGAAAUAAAUUAUCAGGGGAAAACAAAAGUGUAACAUGAAAUCAAGAUUGUUUACACAAUUCUCAUAAUAAUUCUACCUUUAUAAAGCUUUGUUCGUGGGUGUGCAAUCGUUUGCACUCACUCUGUUAUUAUGUAAAAUUAGCAUGCUUUUAAUCA